GCAUGAGCUCCAGUUGCUCAUCUUACGUUCUGCCCCAUUCGCUGGCUGGGUAUAUAAGAGGGACCAGGGCGAAGGCAGGAUGCUUUCAUCGGCAUCGAGCACAUCGUCUUCGACAUCCUACUCAUCGCUUCUGAGCAAUCAUCGUCUUCGGCAUCGAGCACAACAUGUCUUCCAGCAUCUUCACCUACGUCCCCCUCGAGGAGAACGUCUCCAUCCCCGCUGCUGUCGACUUCCACCUCAAGCACAACCCAGAGCACGCGUGCUACGUCUUUGCCGAGCCUGAUGGCACCGUGCGCACGAUCACCUACCUCGAGUUCGCCCGCGCGGCUCAUCGCGCCGCGCAUGCUCUGCGCCCUGCUCGCAAGGGCGAGGAUGGUGCCGUCGUCGCCAUCAUCGCGCUGUCGGAUACAAUUCUGUACCAUGCGAUUACUGUCGGCCUGAUGAAGGCUGGUCUCGUUCCGUUCCCCAUCUCGCCGCGCCUGUCACCCGCCGCAGUCGCCAACCUCAUGCGCGCCUCAAACUGCCACAGUCUCGUCGCGACGCAGCAGACGCUGCAGACCCUCAUCUCAGGCAUCGAGAAGGAGCUGGGCGCCGACCAUGUGCUCAAGGUCGACGAGAUGCCAGCGCUGGACCUCAUCUACCCUCACCUUGCGGAGGAGAAGGCGACCGAUGCGUUCGAGCCGUACCCCGAAGUGUCUUCGCCCAAGAAGCCGGAGGAUAUGGAACUCUACCUGCACUCGUCGGGGAGCACGGGCUUCCCGAAGGCGAUUGGACACACCUACGCUAGCCUGGCUGGUUGGAGUCGACUCGCCAUGAUGCGGGACAUACAGAGCGUCCAGCCCCGCCUGCGCUUCGCAUCGCACAUGCUGCCCGCCUUCCACACGUUCGGCGUCUGCGCGCACCUCAUGACGCCCCUGCACGGCGGCGCCGAGGUCGCGCUCUAUAAGCCCGUGGUCAAGACCCCUACCGACGUUCCCCCGCCACCGACGCCCGAAUCCCAGCUCGAGGCCGCGCGUGCCUGUGGAUGUACCGCUAUGGUCGCAGUUCCGGCUUAUGUGCAUCAGUGGGCCGAGAACUCCAAAGCGGUCGAGUUCUUGAAGAGCCUGAAGGUUUUGGGCUUCGGCGGUGGGCCCCUCAGCGAAGCCAUCGGCGACGGCCUCUCCGCCGUGGGCGUCAAGCUCCGCUCCGUCUACGGCGCGACCGAGUUCGGUGUCCCCGCCCACCUCCUGCCUACCUGCGAGGAGGACUGGAAGGAGUGGUGCUGGAUCGAGGUCGACCCGAGUGCAAACCUGGAGUGGGCGAAGCAGAGCGACGGGACGGAGGAGCUGGUCAUUCCGGCGGGCAAUGGCUACUGGCAUCAGCCUGCGGUGCAGAACAUGGAGGAUCGCCCAGGGUAUGCGACCAACGAUCUGCUGAUCCGGCAUCCGACCAAGCCUUACCUUCGCAAAGUCGUCGGCCGAAAGGACGAUGUCAUUGUACACUCUACUGGCGAGAAGACCGUUCCUGCUCCCAUCGAGGGCGUUAUCGUGACCAGCCCGAUGAUCCGGACGGCUAUCAUGUUCGGUCGCGGGCGCGACGAGGCUGGUAUCUUGGUCGAGCCGGUACCAACUCACCAGAUCGACGUCGAUGACGACGUGCAAGUCGCCGCUUUCCGCAAUGCUAUCUGGCCCAUCAUCGAGGAAGCCAACCGCGGGGCUCCUGCCUAUAGCCGCAUCUUCAAGGAGCUCAUCCUCGUUACGCGCGACACCAAGCCACUCCCGCGCACCGAGAAGGGUACGGUGAUGCGCCGGCUUGCGCUGCAAAUGUAUCAGGAGGAGAUCAACAAGAUCUACGAGGUCAUCGAGAGCCAUGCGCAGACUGGCGAGAAGGGCAUCAAGCCGCCUUCUAGUUGGAACGCGCCUGUUAUCGUCGAGUGGCUCGCUGGACAUGUUCGCGAUGUCACGGGUCGCGACAUGGACCACGCAGUCGACCUCUUCGAGCAGGGCUUUGACAGUCUCAACGCGACCGUUCUUCGCCUCCGCCUGCUCGGCGCGCUGAAAUCCGACCCCCUCGCGGCCCCCGCCUGCCUCGAGAUCUCGCAGAACGUCGUCUACCAGCAACCCACCAUCGAAAAGCUCGCCGCCCACGUCGCCAAGCUCGUUCGCGGCGAAGCCGCCACCACCAAGGCGCCCGAGGCGAGCGCGAAGGAGACCAUCGUCUCGCUCGCGGCGAAGUACAGCCAGGGCCUCCCCGGCUACGUCGAUGCGGCGACGUUGCCGAAGUACGUGCCGAAGAAGUCGGUGAAGCCACUGGAGUACCCGGUUAGCGUGCUGCUGACGGGGACGACGGGAAACUUGGGCGCGGAGAUCUUGCAGAUGCUGCUGAAGGACGAGCGCGUGGAGCGUAUCUAUACGCUCGAGCGCGCGGGUUCAGCGCCUGUGAUUGAGCGGCAGCGCGCGAGGUUUGCGGACAAGGGCUUUGAUGUUUCCCUGCUGGAGUCGAAGAAGCUCGUACCGCUGCAAGGCGACGUGUGCGCCGAGCGGCUCGGUCAGAGAGACGAGGUCUUCAAGGAGAUGCUCAACUCCAUCUCCGUCAUCAUCCACGUCGCCUGGCGCCUCGACUUCAACCUCGGAGUCAACGCUUUCGAGUCCAGCAUCCGUGGCACCCGCGCGCUCGUCGACUUCGCCCGCCAAACCCAACACGCCGACUCCCUCCGCUUCGUCUUCACAUCCUCCGUCGCCUCCGCGAUGUCAUGGGACCCCAAGAGGCAGGGCCCGGUCCCCGAGGAGCUCAUCGAGGAUCCCCUGAUGUGCGUAAACGGCGGCGGGUACGGGCAGGGCAAGUACGUCGCAGAGCGUGUCCUCGCAGCGAGUGGGAUCGAGUUCAGCUCGGUGAGGGUGGGGCAGGUGAGCGGCGGGCAGCCACGUGGAGCGUGGGCGACGACGGAUUGGUUCCCGAUCCUCGUCAAGACGAGCUUGGCGCUGGGGGCGCUUCCGAGUGAUGACCAGGAAGUGACAUGGAUCUCGAUGGACGCUGUUGCCGGCGCGCUGCUCGAUGCGGCCUUCUCCCCUCGCUCGCUUGCGCCUUCUCACAACAUCGUCCACCCGCGCCCUGUGCAGUGGACCGAGAUGAUCACGAACGUGCAGUCGUCCCUCAAGAAGGUGGUCAAUCGCGAUCUGCCCAUCGUGCCCUUCAAGGAUUGGUUUGCGAAGCUCGAGGAAGUUGCGAACAAGCCCGAUGUCAGCGCCAAGGACGUGCCUGGUGUCAAGCUCCUCGAGUUCUACCGCGGUAUGAGCUCUGGUCAUGGCCUUGGCUCCUUCGCAACCGGAAAGAUGGAGGAGGUCAGCGAGACGCUUCGCAACGUCCAGCAGCUGGGUCAGCGCGACUCAGAUUCGUGGGUGCAGUACUGGCGCGAGAGUGGACUUCUGCCUUGAAGGAGUUUGCUUGGAACCAUCAUAGACA